ACGUGCGCCGGCACAUAGAUGAGAAAAGAGCCCUGACAGUCGGCCACUCAUCCCUGUAAGAGGGCAGAAGUAACUGGACAGACAGAGUCGGACCGACGGACGCGCCCACACACCCAGACCAGACGGGACAAGUGAAGCUUUUUGAGGCACAGACGCGCACGAACAGCAGCGCAGGGGCCAGACUUGGACCUGACAGUUCACCUACAUUUAUCCGCAAACUACCCGCAGCCUAUAGCAUGGAGCGCAAAAUCCCCGAUUUCUCCGGCACCUGGGAAAUGAAGAGCUCUGAAAACUUCGAGGAGCUCUUGAAAGCGUUGAAUGUGAACGUGAUGCUGCGCAAGAUCGCGGUGAAGGCAGCCUCCAAGCCACUGGUGGAGAUCACGCAGGACAAGGAGACUCUAUCUAUUAAAACCUCAACCACAGUCCGCACCACCCACAUCACCUUCACUGUGGGGCAGGAGUUCAAUGAGGCCACGGUGGACGGACGUCCCUGCACGAGUUUUCCACUUUGGGAAACAGACAGUAAGAUCAGCUGUGAGCAGACUCUGCAGAAAGGAGAGGGGCCUAAGACAUCCUGGACCCGAGAGAUAACCAAUGACGGCAAGCUGAUCCUGACCAUGAGAGCUGAUGAUGUGAUUUGCACCAGAGUCUAUGAACGACAAUGAACAAGAGCACUUCUCACUUUUCCUCCUUCCAGCCCCCCUCUCCUGCAUCACUACUUGUGUCACUACUCCCUUUUGUCAAGGCAGCGCUGGGAGAUAGCAGUCUUUAGUUUUAUUCCAGUAUCUCUCUUAGCUUCACUACAUAAUAAGUUUAGUAAUUGUAUCUAGUAUGUCACAUAUCUACACAAUAGUCUUAGUUUCUGAGUUAUGUGUCUGUCUUUUCAGCUCACUCAAACGUGACCAGCGGGUUUUAAACAGGAAAAUGUAUGUUGCAUUGUUUGUUAGAUUUGCUUAGGGGAAGCUCAUGUAGUUGGCAUUGUGUGUGUGUGUGUGUGUGUGUGUGUGUGUGUUGUGUGUGUGUGUGUGUGUGUGUGUGGCAGCAGAAGAGGUGUGAGACUAUAUUUGUAGAUGUGUAAACCAAUCUAUGAGCUCUUCCAGUUUCAGGUCAGUUUUGAUGUGUCCCUCCUCUCUGUUGCUUUAGCGUUGUCCCACAACUUUAACCUUUUCUAUCUCAUGAUGACAUUUUGUAUUUAUUACUACAUUAGAGUCUGAUACAAUACUGCUAAGGUUUUUACUUUGUGUCUCUUUUAUAUGAAAUGUGAUCAUAGGAAACAACACUUUCUAUGGGAAAACAAUAAAGCAUGAUAUUAACUCA